GGGGCCAGGGCUGCGGGGCCCCUCCCUGGGCCGCCAUUGCCGGUCCUGCCGGUCUCUUCUGCGCGACUCGCUGGCCUCCCCUCGCCGGGAGGAGGGGACGGCCGGCCCGCCGAGCAUCCCCGGGCCGAGCCCUCGUCUCCCCGCGGCCAGGCAAGUCCCCGCCAGCCCCGCCGCCCUCGCCAGCCUCGGGAGUGGCCCGAGCCCCCGGAGAACCACUCCACAGCCCAAUCCUGGAGGCCUCUGUCAGCCCAAUCGAGAGCCGCCGUCUUCCCCAGUACUUGGAGAAACAAGCUGUAGCACUGAUCGUGCCCGUCCCGCGAGGGGGCCCAACACAAACUGCUCUCUGACCCCACCCAAACCUGCUCUUCUGCUUCGUCUUCCCCAGAGCGCACGGGCCCCAAACAGUGCACCCGCCGGCGGUCCCUGCCCAGCGGGAGUCCUGGAGAUGAGGUUGGCAGGGCCCCUCCGCAUCGUGGUCCUAGUCGUUGCUGUGGGUCUCACCUGGAUCAUCGUCAGCAUCCUCCUGGGUGGGCCUGGCGAUGGCUUUCCUCGAAUCCAGCACCUCUUCACCAGCCCCGAGAGCUCUGUGACUGCAGAACCACGGGCCAGGAAGUACAAGUGCGGCCUUCCCCAGCCAUGUCCCGAGGAGCACCUCGCCUUCCGCAUGGUCAGUGGUGCCGCCAAUGUCAUUGGGCCCAAGAUCUGCCUGGAGGACAAGAUGCUCAUGAGCAGUGUGAAGGACAAUGUGGGCCGUGGGCUGAACAUCGCCCUGGUGAAUGGGGUGAGCGGCGAGCUCAUUGAGGCCCGGGCCUUUGACAUGUGGGCCGGAGAUGUCAACAACCUGCUGAAGUUCAUCAGGCCCCUGCACGAAGGCACCCUGGUGUUCGUGGCAUCCUAUGACGACCCAGCCACCAAGAUGAAUGAGGAGACCCGGAAGCUCUUCAGCGAGCUAGGCAGCAGGAACGCCAAGGAGCUGGCCUUCCGAGACAGCUGGGUGUUCGUGGGGGCCAAGGGCGUGCAGAACAAGAGCCCCUUUGAGCAGUGGCAGCCCAGGAGCCCACACACAGACUGUCCCCGUCCCAUCCCGUCCCAUCCCGUCCCUGCAGCACGUGAAGAACAGCAAGCACACCAACAAGUACGAGGGCUGGCCUGAGGCACUGGAGAUGGAGGGCUGCAUCCCACGGCGAAGUGUGGCUGGCUAGCUCGGGGCCUGGCCUGGCCCAGCCGAGGCUCUGGCGUGACCACAUGGCCUCCAGGUGCACUUGGCAUGGGAGCCCAGGUACCUCUGUCCUCCUUCAAGCUGGCCUUAAGGCCUGCCCCUCCCAGCCUUUCCCCUCCACCCUGAGGGCCCAGCUGCAAGGGCCCUGGGUUGCCCAUCCCUGCCCUGCAGCAGGAGGGGCCUGGGAGCAGUCUCUGGCAUGGCGAGUGGCAGCAGCGUGUGGUGUGGGGAGGCCACCCGCCAGGUGGCCUCUUAAUGAACCUGUGGUCCACAGCAGAGUCAGGAGGCUGAGCAGACAGCCUGUGUCCCCAGCCCCGCAGCCACACCCCACAGUGACGGGGACCAGUGGUGGCGCCAUUCAGAGCCAGGACUGGGACGUGUGGGCCUGCAAGGACUGGGAUAGGAAGUAAAACGGGGUGCAGCCGGUUGUGCUGGCGCUUGUCUGUCAUCCCUGCACUCGGGAGGCUGGGACAGGGGGAUCCCCAUGAGUUUGAGGCCAGCCUGGACUAUGUAGCGAGACUCUUUCUCAAAAGACCAAAAAUAAAUAAAUAAACAAAA